CCUAAAGUAUGGUAUAAGUUUUUCCCCUUUAAUUUAAUGCCAAGAAGAAGCCUAAAUCCUGUGAGCUUGGUAUUGCCUUCCCUUUUGAGUAUGUGUUAUCUAAAGAAAUUGGGUCUGAGUGACUGUAAUCUCCAAACAAUCCCUAAUGAUAUUGGAAACUUAUCCUCUAUCACCAAUUUAAAUCUAAGUGAAAAUCACUUCAGUUGCCUUCCUGAAAGUCUCGUGCAACUAUCUAAAUUGUCAGAAAUUAAUUUACGCAAUUGCACAAGACUUCGUUCAUUACCAAAAUUGCCAUCUGUGACCUUUUUUAUUACAGCAGAUGGUUGCAUGUCAUUGGAAGAAUUUCCAGAUAGAUUAAAAUCACACCUUUUCGCCCAUAUUCAUCUUUUCUUCUUCAAUUGCUUCAAAUUGGCCAGUCGUAGUGACAUGUUCUUUAACGUGCUGGGAAUGCUAUUGACAGUUCAUGAGGAAAUUUGCAAGCAAUCUAUAUUUGGUCGCUUUGCUGCCUAUGAUGUUGUUAUUCCUGGAAGUGAAAUUCCGCAAUGGUUUAGCCAUCAGAGUGUGGGGAAUAUAGUUAAUGCACAAGUGCCUUCUGAUUCGAGUAAUAAGUGCUUUGGAAUCGCUGUGUGUGCUGUUUUUUCAUGCCGCAAUGUUCAUCUUUCUAAUAUGGCGCUUUUCUUGAGAUGUCACAUUCUAAUCAAUAAACAUGAAAAUUCAGAGUUUCAUGUAGGCAUUUGCCCAAGAUCUGUUCAGAUUAAAUCACGUCACCUUUGGAUGUCCUAUAUACCCUCUCAAUUGUUUAGUGAGGAUGGGAGAGCAGUAUUGAGUCAAACUGAUGAGGAUGGAUUCAUACAAAUAGAGGUUAGAUUUCAGUGGGAUUUCAAUGGCCUGGAGGUUAAGAAAUGGGGGUUUCGUCUAGUAUACGAAGAAGACAUCAGAGAAAUCAAAAUGAAGCGAAGACGUGAUAAAUAUGAGGGGGCUGGAGCUAGUGGUGAAGGCAGCUCUAACGAUGUCCCUCUUUCAAAGAGGAUUCAAAGAUAGAGAAUAUAUGGGCUCAUGCUAAAUCUAAUUGCAAGGAUUCUAACGAAGGACCUGUUUUGGUGGAAAGUUAAUGCAAAUCAACCAUUGUCAUUGCAUUGUUGAGUAUAUCAACCUCCGCUGCUGUAUAUUUGCACUCACUGGCAGUUUCUUAUUCUUCCCUCUCUCACUCACAGUCACUGGCUCCUGAAGUAGUUGCAAGCAGUGGCAGAACAACAUCUGUGAAAGUCAGCGACUCCUCAAGUAGUCACAAGCAGUGUUGUCUCUGAAAGCUUCUAUUUUCGCUUCUAACGGCAACCUCUCUGUCUUCCUUCCUCUCCUCACAUCCAUAUAAAUACUGACAUAAGCCGGGUGAUUCAGUUGAGGGGCUAUCAUGGUUGUUAAAGCAUCAAAGCCAAUUGCAGUGGUUGAUGCGUAUGGGUUUUUUAAGUACAAAAAGUAAAAUUUAAGUGCAUGGAACUGUGUAAGGAAGAAAUACCCCAAGGUUCAAUGGUGAAGAUCAUCAUCUGGUUUUCCAAAGUAAUUCCAAAGCAUGUGUUUAUAGGCUGGGAAAGACUAAUGGUUCACAACAAAAUGUCCACAAAAGAUUGAAUGUGUAGUGAUGUUCUUUGUAAAAGAGAAUUGAAAGUAGAGGCCACUUAUUUUGUGAUUGUUCUUUCUCAAUGAAGAUAUGGUGAACCGUAAUGAGUUGGUGCCCAAUAGAAAAGCCCAAAGUCCCAUUGACUUGAGAUUAUGCCCUGGGAUGAGAAAUCCAUUUGGUCUAUAUUGUCAUUGUGGUCUACGGUGUGUCAUAUUUGGCUUCAGUGGAAUGCCAGUAAUGCAGCAAUUACUGCAAUUCUGUUCAAAACAGGGGUAUUGAUACUUCAGAAUAGGGGUAUUGGUCCUUGUCUCCGUUAACUAAUUAACAAUGUGGAGUUUUCACUUUGUAAUGUCUAUGGUGUAGGCUGUUUCUGUAUUGGUGGUGUUUUGGACUGAUUGUACAUCUGUUUCUAUUGAAAUGAAUUGCCCAUUCAUCCCCAA